AUGGCGGAAGACCUUCCCCAACUAUGGGAAAAAUUUACUCUCACAGAAGAUGAAGAUUUGGAAUUCGAAAUCCCGAGAGAAAAGUUCCAAGAAUUGGCCUCACGGGGCCAGGCAUGCAUCGUUGGUAAGCUGCUAACGGACAGAUUGGUUAGUAAAGAGAUUGUUAAGGAUUCUCUGUCACGUUGGUGGAAACCUAUGGGUGGUCUAUCUUUCAAAGUUAUAGGAGAUAAUCUCUUCCUAAUUGAUUUUACCAAUAAAGAGGGCAAGGAACGUGUCUUGGCAAGUACCCCUUGGGUGUUCGAAAGGAGUUUGUUCUUAAUUAAAGAUUUUGAUGGCACUUUUGCUCCAUCUGAAUUCACCUUCGACCACGCUGCAUUCUGGGUCCGGAUGAGAAAUUUACCUCUAGCUUGUAUGGGUCGAGAGAUAGGUCAAAUGAUCGGGGCCUCGGUAAGGGUGGUGGAAGCCAUUGAUACGGAUGGAGAGGGGCUAGGGUGGGGCGAAUCCCUACGUGUUAAGAUUCUUCUCGACCUAACUGAACCACUCUUGAGAGGACAAGAGAUAAAACUCCAAGGAGCUGUCAGGUGGAUAACAUUUCAAUAUGAGCGUCUCCCAAAAAGAUUUUGUUACAACUGUGGGGUCAUCAUCCACGGUAAGGCAGGCUGCACCCAUCGAAGUUCAUUCCGCCAUCAAGAGCAGGAAUAUGGCCCAUGGUUGAGGGCUGCAUCUCCAACCAGACUGCCCGAAAGGAAUCAAGGGAGAAAUUCGACAAGAGGAUCGAGUAACCAGGGGAAUGCAGGACGGGGCGAAUAUGAGACUCACUGGGAUAGAGACUACCAGAAAAACAAUGAGCAGUAUAGAGCAGAUUCCGACGGGGAUGAGGGCGGCAGUACUGUCACUGACUUUCCCAAGGAGAAUGCCAACCAUAGAUUCCAAAACAAUAAGGGCAGAGGUGGAGGCAUAAAUCACGGUGUUCUUGAUGGAAAGAAACGCGAAGGGGAACGGUUACAAAGGAACAGGUACUCACAAGGAAAUGAGGGUGAACCUGACUAUAAUGUUUCACUGGGGGAGGAUUUGCGGGCAGUGUAUCCAGAAUCACGGGCUACUAAAAAAGGAAAAUGGGAUGAGGAGGCACGUAAUCUCUCUUUGCAUGAUUCUCCAAGACACGUGGGUAGCAAGACCGUCAAUGGAUCGGUGGAAAAAUUUUCCAUAGGCCCAAAUGGAAUUAUGAGCAGCCCCAUGAAUUCGCAGACCUUUAGAGGCCCGACUUUCUCUGAGGUUGAAAAAACCAUGCAGGCGAAAUGGGAGAAGACGAGGGGCCGUGUAGAAACAAGGUUCCGUUAUGAGGCGAGUUGGUCCCUUGAUGCGGGAUAUGACGAGGUGAUAAAAGAAGCUUGGUGUAAACCUACAAUCGGGACUUGGGGGAGUAUUGGAGAAAACUUAAGACAUUGUCAAGAGGGAUUCUUACACUGGCAGCAAGGCCUGCAUGGGAAUCUGCAUGGCAACAUUAAAAAACUCCAACAAAGGCUAAGUAGGUUACACGAUGAAGAAGGCGGUGAAACGGGUCAUCAGCUUAAUUCUACAAAAGCUGAACUGCAACUUCUAAUGGACAAGCAAGAUCUUAUACGGAAGCAACGUGCAAAGACGGAUUAG